ACUUGUAUGACUCAUUCGGUCUUUGUUUUGAUUUAACUUUUCUCAAGUUUUAGGAAAUCUUCAAAAUGUCAGCAUUUCCUGAGGCACCUCCUAAUUUAAAAACUAUCCAGCCUUAUUUAAAAAUUGCAAUUGAACAUGAUCAACGUGAUUUAGUUGUUGCGUAUUGGGCUCGAAUCUAUUCGUUGCAGCUGGGAAUUAAAGCGGCUAAGCAGCCAGAUGAAAAAGCUUUUCUUUUAACAUUAAUGGAUUGGCUUGAAAAUGUGAAGAAAGCUAAUCGAGAUAAUGAUUCAAUUACAACUGAGACAGUCGCACAAGCAUAUUUGGAAAACUAUGCACAUAAGCUAUUUCAAUAUGCUGAUCAACAGGACCGUGCAAGUAACUUUGGGAAAAAUGUUGUUAAAGCUUUCUACACAACAUCGAUGUUGUAUGAUAUAAUAACAACAUUUGGUGAGUUGAGUGAGGAAGCAGUGCAAUGUAGAAAAUAUGCUAAAUGGAAGGCAGCUUACAUUCAUAAUUGCUUAAAGAACGGCGAAACCCCGCAGCCUGGUCCGAUGCCAACUGAAGGUGAAGAUGAAUUGCAGGAUGAAGCAUCUGGUGGUGGAUUUACUCCAGGGACAUCUUCUAGUGGUGGUUGGAAUACAAAUCCUUAUCAACAACCUUAUCAGCCACCACCACCAACCACUCAAAAUUAUCAACCUGAAGUUCCAACACCAGCAGGCAAUUCUGGAGAUCCUUUCAACUUGCCUGACCCUCCUAAAGACCCUGAACCAAAGCAUCCUGGCGGAUUCGUUCCAUACAAUCCAUCCACGUCAAAUAUCCCAGCGUACAUGCCACAAUCAACUGGAUCCACAUCGAUCACUCCCGAACAAAUUGCUAAGGCACAGAAAUAUUGCAAAUACGUUUCAAGUGCUUUGAAUUAUGAUGACGUCCCAACAGCUAUUGACAACUUGCAAAAGUGCCUCAGAUUAUUGCAUACUGGAGAAGACACUUAAACGAUGUUCACACAAAUUGCAAUUGAAAUUCUUUUUAUAUUCUAAUCACACAUAAUUCUAUCUCAAUAAAUAACAACAAAGCUUCAAGUUUUUAAUUUAAAUUU